AUUUUCUGUUGGGUGCCCGUCAUUGUCAAUAGUCAGAGCUCAGCAUCCAGCACCUGAUCUCAAAGGGCAAGCUGUUGUAAAUGGACAGUUCAAGGAAAUACAACUUUCAGACUACAAGGGCAAAUAUUUAGUUUCUUUACUUUUACACUCAUUUAGAGCUAUAAAUACUGAAGUCAUUGGAGUCUCAACAGAUUCCCAUUUCAGUCACUUGGCUUGGAUUAAUACCUCAAGAAAGAAAGGUGGGCUGGAAGGACUUCACUAUCCUCUGCUCUCGGAUUUCAACAAAACAAUAUCUAGAGAUUAUGGUGUGCUGGUAGAAGAUGAAGGUAUAGCUUUGACGGUCUUGUUUCUAAUAGACACUAAUGGUAUAAUUCGCCAUAUUACCAUAAAUGACCUUCCAGUGGGUCGUUGUGUCGACGAGGUCAUUCGAGUAGUUCAGGCUUUCCAGUUCUUUGAAGCACAUGGAGAAUUAGUAAAUUUUAUUAUUAAAACAUUGUUGUGGUUUUUUGCCGUAAGGAGGCAAGAUUUGACUUCUAUGGAUAUACGGAAUUUAUCCAGUUGGAAACAGAGCAUUGCUUACCACUCAAGUCUUUCAGUUGGAACCUUAAUUUGCUGA